AUGAAUAGCUUACAGUGUAUAGGUUUCAAGAAAAGCAGCAUUAAAAACCUUUACAAAACUUUGCAAAGAGAAUUUCAGAUGGUUAUAAAAUGUGUAUUGUAUGGAAAAGAAGCACAUAAAGAAAAAUUCUAUUUAUAUAACAAAACUUAA